GCCAGCUAAAUCAGUGCCAUACUACACAACACUGAUAAUUACCCUCCUAAAUAUCAGAAACCCAGGCUUUGUUUGGAGAAGUUGAGUCGUGUGGCCCCUACAGAAUUAAGAAACAGUGUUUAGGAGAUCUCCCCGACUCUAAGACUGAAGACUGUCCUCCUUUAGCCUCCUCUACCUCUGGACUGUAACCAGUUUCCUGACAUGUCCUGCUAUCCGUAACCUUCUGCAGCCAUGGCUUUGAACAUGUUCCUCCCAGCAGAGUCAGAUCAACAAGAAAAGAUGGAGGACGCCACAGUGCCGGGCUAAGACCAACUGAGGUCAGAGCUGAGGCCUAAAGGAGAAUGGAGACGAGGAAAAAUACCAGAGCAGGGGUUAUUUUCUGGACCCCUGCCCCGGCCCGCACCUCGCCCCCCAGCUCUGUAAUAUCUGAGGAGGAGUGGGAGGAUGAGGAUGAAGAACAGGCGGAGAGAAACGACGACUUUGACAGCCAGGUGGACGAGAACGGCAUCAUCGGACUGUCUGAAGCUCUGGAGGAAGCAGGGUUGGUUGGUGACUCAGAGGCAGAUUGUAAUUCAAACUACCGUAGACCCCUCACCCCGGAAGAGGAAGACCCUAGUGGCCAUGAGAGGGAGACACCUGAGGAGCUGAGUAACAACCUGAGUGAACAUCUGUCCCGCACCGAAUCAGCAGGAGAGGACAUAUCACUGUCCCCACCUGAGGACUUGAUGGGAAGCUUUAAAGCACAAAUAUUGGAUGAGAAGGUCAGGCAGGGGAAAGACUGUGUCUUUGAGUGGGACAAAUACAUGGACCUGACAGAGGAGGAGGAAGAUGGAGAUGAAGCAGGGAAGAGGAGUGUCAGGAAGAGAGAAAACGAUGGCACUACCAAUCGCAAUAUUUCCAAAGAAGAGAUUGAGAAGCUCCUCUCUGAGUGUAGUGCUCCCCUGUUAGAGAUGGAACCUGUUAGAGUCUCCCAUCACCACUGCCACAUAUCCCAGCCUCCCUCACCUCUCACAGCCCCCUCUUUCCCCCAUCGUCUCCACUUCACCCCUGAGGAGAUGGCAGCUGCCCCCGGCAUUGACGCAGAGACCUUUCCAGACAUCAGCUUCACUGAAAGUCUUCCAGAAUCACACCGGAGCCUCGAGUGCAGUCCUCGCUGUCCUGAGGUAAAGCCCAGGGCUUCUCUUCAGCCAGCAGACAUGUUUGCUGAAGAAGGAACCUCAAAUCAUUGCAGUCGAGUGAGUAAACUGCCCUUAAAGGCACAGGAUAAGUCUGGUAAACAGCCAACUCCCUCACCAAGGAGGGUGAGGCAGCUAUCGCCUGAAGCCAAGUCCUUAAAAUUCAAACAUAAAACAGCGAGUCCUAACAGAGGGUCGAGGAUACCCAGAGCCAGGAGUAAUGCUGCUGAGGUGGACGAGUCCAGGAAAGGGCCUCUGAGUUACCGCACACCAGACUUCUCCAGCGUGGAGCCCAAGGUCUAUUUCCCCAAAGAUGGUUACACCCCUCCUAAGAGUAGACGCUGUUCCAAAAGAGAGUCCCUCCCUGAGCCCCUCUUCGUCUUCAAAUCCCCCGCUGACAUUGUGAAAGAAGUCCUGCUGAACACCACUGAGGAACAUCCUGCCUCAUCAGACUCUGACAAACCAACCACCAGCGCCCUCAACUCCACCGUGCCUCAGGACUUCAGAUCCCGCCAGCAGGCCUCCACGCUGCUCGACCAACUCCAGGAGGACUACUACAGACUGCUGACUAAGUACGCCGAGGCGGAGAACACCAUUGAUCGCCUGCGUCUGGAAUCCAAGGUGAACCUGUUCUCCGACCCUCCAAAGCCCGGCCUCUUGGUGCAGUCCGGACCAAAUCAGGGCUCCUCGAAGGUCAUGGUGCUGGAUUUCCCUCAGGCCCAGAGAGCAGGAGGCUCUGCCUCUCUCCAUCCAAAUGGACAACAGAGAAGUCCAUCAGCCUGUUCUUCCACAAAAAGCCCGGACCCUCAGGUGGGACAGCAGCUGGCCAGGAUUCUCUACAAUCAGGCCGACAAGUUCCUCCAGCAGAUGCAGACUUUUGAGGAUCUCCUGAAGAGCAAAAGACUCAAACCUCUGGAACAGAAGAAGGGGGUCUCGCAGCUCGCUGAGGGGCUGGACUCUUUGGAGAGGGGAUACCUGUUGGCCAGGGAUGAUUGCAAACUCCUGCAGCAGCGAGGCGCAGAGGACAGCUACUUUGACCGUGACCGGGAGCUGGAGGGGCUGGUCUUUCAGUGUGGGCUGCGUAUGGACGAGCUGAAGGAGCAGGUGGAGCAGGAGCAGCUCACCUAUGAGGCUCCUCCCUCUCCACCAUCUGGCUCCUCUGUGGGGGGAGAAACUCACACACAGAGCCCGGCUGUGCCUGUGCUGGUUGAUCCAGGAGACGCAGCGGAGGUGGAGGUGAGCGCCGGGAGUGAAGAGAGAGAAGAAGAAGAGGAAACUCUCUACCUCAAAGCUCAGAACGGCAAACACAGACACCUUGAACAACACUUUGCCCCGCUGAUGAAUCGCUACCAAAGCUUAGGAGAGCUUUCCAGUCGUUUAGACCAUAGUCGGAGGGAAGGAGCUCCUCUUCCUGCUGCCUUAAGGAGCAACAUGCAGCCUGGGAAAGAGGAGGCAGAGAAACGGGCUCUAGAAGACCUGGACACAUCCGCAGCAGAGAAAUUCAAACCGGACCGUCAGGACUCUCCUCCUGUCUGCACUAAAAAACCGCAGAGCAGCAGGUCCAGUCCUCCUCCCCGUAGCGCCUCCAGCCUGACCACCACUCUCCCCGCUCAUCCCCCCAGCAGCAGGAGAAGGCUGGAGGUGGGAAAGUCCCACAGCAGCAGCUUGAGCAGUCUGGGAGAGAUCAGCGCGUUGGAGAGGAGGAACUCCAAAGUCCUGACGGGGAGCAGCAGAGUGCUGUCUCAGGAUGGGAUCAUCUCUCCGGAGACGGACAGUGGGUUUGUGUGUUCAGAGAGCAGCCGUCUGACUCCUGCUGCAGCUGCCAGUCCUCUCCACCAGAGGGCAGCAGAGAGUGUGUCAGUGCCUCAGGAGAGGAUUCCUCAGAUGGUGCCGGUCUCAGCACCGUCUCCUGCUUCCCCACUGUUGCAAAAUCACCCGGCGAUGGAGCCCAAUAGGACCAGGUCAAGGAGAAGCAGACCGGGGCCUAGGAGGUGCAUCUUCUCCUUCUCCCCAAAGCGCUGCGUCCCUCUGACAGCACCAACCAGAGCCGACAGUGGGACCAGUGAGUUUGGACCGGACAGUGACAGCUCUCUCACUGUGUCCGACAGACUGAACGACCACUUCACACAAUCCAUCAAUUCCCUCCACGACUCCAGCCAGAGCCCCUCCCUCACUAGUGCACUGGGUCACCAUGACGAUCCUCUCAGAGCACUGAGUUCCAGUCAGGCUGCGAAUCGCAAUGACGCAAUCCAGACGCUGCAGGUGGAGAUGAGCCGACUGAGGGAGAGCAUUGAAAGCUGUCUGAGGAAUAAGAGGCCUCUGAGAGCAGCUCCUUCGGCUCAGCACACCACCUCCUCCCCUCCAAUCAGGCCAGGGGAGCGACGGGGUGAUGUCAGGGAGAGAAUAAACUCACCGCCUGAGGAUGUGGAGUACACACUGCGGAGAACAACCCGGAGGAGACCGCCUUCUGCACACACGCCAACAACUGACAUCUCCACAGGUUCAGACCCCCCCUCCCCUCAGCCUCUGGUGUCCCGGUGUACUCAAACAUCCACUGCAGCAGCGGACAGCCAGCGCUCACGCACAAGUACUGCCGGCAGAUGCCGUGUUGCAGGGCAGCAGCAGCCUGGUGUGUCAGCAGCAGACGUUCCUGACAGCAGAGGACGUGCUCCUCUCUGUCCUCAGUGUUUGUCACAUGGUCACCGAGGGCGAUCUGAAAGGCCAGUCGGUGGUGACAGAGAGCCGCUUCACUCUCGCUGUCCUCACUGUCCUCACUGCGGACGCCGUGGACCCUACAGUAGCACGGAGCCAGACCCCCCCACACACACAACCUGCCAGCCAGCCGAGUCCCCCCACAGAGCGGAGGGGAGCGGAUACUUUGAAGCUGCAGCUCCUCCUGCUCUGCUGCAGUAUAUGCCGGUGUGGCCGCCCCCCCUCCUGUUGUACUCUUCGCCCCUCUAUGUGUCUCCCAGCAACAGCCAAGGCAAGUCCUCCGGGUUCAGGGGUCGCAGGGAGGUGAGGAGGAGGAGGCGCUCUCUGUCGCUGGAUAAGCAGCGCUGCGUGGACAGCUCUCUGCAGAGGGCCCUCAGAGCCGCUCGGAGCAUGAAGCACACCUCCGGUCACAUGGCUCACUCUCUGGCGUCCGGCCUGCACUACCAGCAGCUCCUCGCUCAGUCCUGCAGCCUCUAGCCUGACCUCACAGCUUACAUCCCCGGGAGGGAGAGCAGGACUGUCGCAAUAAAACACCUCAACCAUUCCCUUCUUUGUAACUUGUCUUUGGAGAAAAAACUGUUACUGUAGCUUUGUUUACGGCACUUUUCAAAUAGCAAUAUGUAAAGGAAUAGUUCAGAUUUUUGGUCUAUGAUGAGUGAAUGACUCACAGUAGAUGACAGUUUUGAGGAACAGAUUGGAGUAAAAUCACAGAGGCUGAAUCUCAGGUGGCCAACAUACAUUUGUUUCUUCAGCAAUAAUAUUAAUUUCAAAUCUGUCAUAGAAAUGACAUACUUGGCUGUCAUGGAGCAGUUGUUACUUUGAGCUAUUUAUUGAUCAUGCAACUCUGUUUAUUAAUCAUGUGAAUGUAGUUUUUGUGAUUCUUAACAUACGUUCAGGAGUGUUAUUUGAGUUUGCGUAUAAGCUUUGUUUUCAUGUCGAUACUGUAGCAUGCUGCGCUGUAAAUGAAAUGCACUCGACGUGAUGUUCUAGAGGCCGUACCAGAGACCACUCCGGACCGGUUUGUUCAACAGUUUAUAAGAAGCUGUAGGUGUACCAUACUGUAACUGGACAGCUAUGUUUUUAUACAAAAGAGAAGUGGACUCAAACUGUUUUUAUGGCUUUUGUUUACUAUGAUUGUUGUUGUGAUUGUUGUUGUGAUUGUUUAGGUGAAAUCUACAUUUUUGCUCAUUUCUAAAUCUGUUUUGUACAAGUUUUUUUUACAUUUUCAGGAAAUUCUUUCCCUAAGGAGCCAAAUAAAAGGUCACUUUAGAA